CUACAGGUAGACACCUGAGGUCUCACCUUUGCCAAGCUGUCCCAUGAUGCCUUCCCUGUUUCUCGCAUCUGACUGAGUUCUACAUACCUUCUAUUCACUUUGACCUUGAUCCAAAAGAGAUAGUUGGUGCCAUGUGGAAGGUUUUGUUGGUGCUGCUGAUGGUCAGCUCCACCGAUGGGCUAUUCCGCUCCAUGUACCGAAAUACUCGGGUUUCCGUGCCACGUACUGGAGAUGCAGGACAGCCAUUAUUUCUCAGCCCUUAUAUUGAAUCUGGGAAGAUCAAGGAAGGGAAAAAACUGAGUUUGGUCAGUCCUUUUCCAGGAAAGAACGUGAAGAGUUAUGCUGGCUACAUCACUGUGAAUAAGACUUACAACAGCAACCUCUUCUUCUGGUUCUUCCCAGCCCAGGUGAAGCCAGAGGAUGCCCCAGUAGCCCUCUGGCUUCAGGGUGGGCCAGGAGGUUCAUCCAUGUUUGGACUCUUUGUGGAGAAUGGACCUUAUCUUGUCACAAAAAACAUGACUGUUCAUCUCAGAGACUUCCCUUGGACAACCACCAUCUCCAUGCUUUACAUUGAUAAUCCGGUGGGCACAGGCUUCAGUUUUACUGAUGACAAAAAGGGAUAUGCAGUCAACGAGGAUGAUGUAGCACGAGAUUUGUACAGUGCGCUAAGUCAGUUUUUCCAGUUGUUUCCUGAAUACAGAAAGAAUGACUUUUAUGCCACUGGGGAGUCUUAUGCAGGGAAAUACGUGCCGGCCAUUGCACACUAUAUCCACUCCCUCAAUCCCGAGAAGGAACUCAAGAUCCACCUGAAAGGAGUUGCUCUUGGUGAUGCAUAUUCUGAUCCCGAGACGAUUAUAGGGGGCUAUGCAACUUUCCUGUUCCAAAUUGGCUUGCUGGAUGAGAGGCAGAGAAAGUACUUCCAGAAGCAGUGCGAUGAGUGCAUAAAAUACAUCAAGAAGCAGAAGUGGCUGAAGGCCUUUGAAAUACUGGAUAAACUACUGGAUGGAGAUCUAACAAAUAGACCUUCUUUCUUCCAGAAUGUGACAGGAUGUGCUAAUUACUACAACCUUUUACAAUGCACGGAACCUGAGGACCAAGAUUACUAUGGGAAAUUUUUGUCACUCCCAGAAGUGAGACUAGCCAUCCACGUGGGAAACCAGACCUUUAAUGAUGGAUCUGAAGUCGAAAAGUACUUGCGGGAAGAUACAGUGCAGUCAGUUAAGCCGUGGCUCACUGAAAUCAUGAAUAACUACAGGGUUCUGAUCUACAAUGGUCAAUUGGACAUCAUCGUGGCAGCCGCCCUGACAGAGCACUCCUUGAUGGCCAUGAACUGGACAGGAUCCCAGGAAUACAGUACGGUGCCAAGAAAAGUUUGGAAGAUCUUUAAAUCUGAUACUGAUGUGGCUGGUUACGUCCGGACAGUUGGUGACUUCCAUCAGGUGAUCAUUCGAGGUGGAGGACAUAUUUUGCCCUAUGACCAGCCCCUGAGAUCUUUCGACAUGAUCAAUCGAUUCAUCUUUGGAAUAGGAUGGGAACCUUAUAAUGGAUAAACUGCCUUCCUAAAACAGAAUGUUGGGAUCUUUAAUCUUUGAGAAGAACACUUUGAAAAUGUCAUAUGAAUAAAAAAAGUGUCUGCUUAUAUCUGCAAAGUGUUUCUCAUCAAUAAAAAUUAGUUAUCCUUGAAAAAA